AUGAUGGAAACUAACUAUCACCACAAUCAAGUUGGUGUUCAAAAAGACGUAAGAAAUAUACGAUCUUCGAGCUACAAUUUAUACAAUCAGCAGAUAAAUUUACAAGAAGCUUCCAAUAUCGAAUCAGGUCAUGAUGAUGGUAGUGACGUACAGAGAGAAUACAUUAUGAAUGAAUUGGCAAACGAUGAAGCAUUGCUAAAUGAUUUCUUACAAUUUCGUCAACAACAAGCACAAUAUCGAAUUCCAAAAGCAGGUCACAAUUUAAUUCCGUACUAUGAAAAUGUUCAAUCAAAUAAAAAAGCAAUUCACAAACAAUUAAAUCAAUCUACAAAGUUGCAAUCAAGAGUACAAAUACAACCAGAUGUAUCAACGCCAAACAAACGUAGAUUGAAUGAUAGUGCUGGGUCAGGAGGAUUACCAACACCGAAGCAACAACGAUCUGGAAAUAAUUAA